UCGCUUCACCCAAGAUGGCAGCUCCCUUAUGUUGGUGUUACGAAAUACAUCUAAGAAGCAGCUUGCUGGCUUUCACUUCUUUAAACCGUCUACUUCACAACAGGCCUAGUGUCUACACGCGACAUGGGUUACCCAAAAGCCCUUCAGAGGUGCCUCAUUCGCCUCUUCAACAAAUCAGGUGUUUGUCAGCAGAGAGGGGCGCUGGCAGAAAAGGAUUUCUGGGGGAGUUUCUGGACAGCCUGAAGCAGGAGCUGAGUAAGAAUAAAGAAAUGAAAGAAAACAUCAAGAAGUUCAGAGAAGAGGCCAGAAAACUUGAGGAGUCUGAUGCACUGAAACAAGCUAGAAGGAAAUAUAAAACAAUAGAGUCUGAAACAGUGAAGACCUCAGAGGUUCUUAAGAAGAAGUUGGAGAACCUCUCCGAGACAGUUAAAGAGGGAAUUGGGGAGGUUAGUCGUACAGAAAUUGGGAAGAAAAUCAAGGAAGGAAUGGAGGAAGCAGCCAAAACAGCUAAGUGCUCAGCAGAGACGGUCUCCAAGAGUGGAGAGAUGCUGGGCAAGACCAGUGCUUUCAGAGCAAUAUCACAGGGUGUGGAGAGUGUCAAGAAAGACAUUGGUGAUAUGGGCCAUGUCGGCCCAUAUCGGCCUCCCUCCAAACUGAGGAAGAGGACUGAGUUCUCCUCGAAAGGAACAGGAGAUGACAGCAAGAUGUUCGAAGCCAACGAAGAGACUGUGGGUGUGGUCCUCCACAAGGACUCAAAAUGGUACCAGCAGUGGAAAGACUUCAAGGACAACAAUGUGGUGUUCAACCGGUUCUUUGAGAUGAAGAUGAAGUACGAUGAGAGUGACAAUGCCUUCGUUAGAGCUUCUCGUGCCAUCACUGACAAGAUGACCGACCUCAUUGGCGGAUUGUUUUCUAAGACUGAGAUGUCAGAGGUAUUAACAGAGAUCUUGAAGGCGGAUCCAUCUUUUGACAAAGACGCUUUCCUUAAACAGUGUGAGCAAGACAUCAUCCCAAAUAUACUCGAGGCCAUGAUCAGAGGGGAGUUGGACAUAUUAAAGGACUGGUGCUAUGAAGCAACAUACAGCCAGUUGGCACACCCAAUUAAGCAAGCCAAAGCAAUGGGAUGUCAAUUCCACUCCAGAAUCCUGGAUAUUGACAAUAUUGAUCGGGCAAUGGGGAAGAUAAUGGCGGGUCCAGUUCUGAUUAUCACCUUCCAGUUCAGCGGUCAUGGGGUCCGGAAUUCCAAAGAGUUGGUGGAGGGAGACCCAAAAAAAGUGCUGAGGAUGAUGUACGUUUGGGCUCUGUGCCGUGACCAGGAGGAACUCAACCCCUACGCUGCCUGGAGACUACUUGACUUCUCUGCAUCGAGCACCGAACAGAUCCUCUAAGACUUUUUGAUCACCAUAAAGUACACUCAGCCAUGGUGAGAACUUCUACAUGUGACCAGCCAUGGUUUAGAUGGGAAAAAUGGAAGGAGAAUGGAAGUGGAGA